GUGUUAGCAGGCGACUUGACCACGUUACCUUGUAGCGGAGGAAGAGGACCAGAGAGGGCGGAAACCGCUUUACACACUCUCUGGGCGAUAUUGUUGCGCGCGUCCUUGCAAUAUUCCUCGACUCACGGCCCAUGCAUCUGUUGAAAUAACCGUGUGACUAUUAUGUCACCAACUAUGCGUUGCAAUAAAAUAUUACUGAGUACUUGUUUUUGGAUGUGUAGAUAUUUUCCUUGCAUAAUGUAAGAGUACUACUUUCGUGAAAGUCGGCGGAGGAGCACAGUUCAGAUGCACGCAGUGACUCGUCCGAAUACGUCAUCGAUACGCGACAAAUGUUUACAGUCAGGCGAUAAAAUGACCAUUAUGUUUUAUUAUUAAAACACUAAUUAUCCGGAAGGACAGAUUGAUAGGAUAGUCUCAACAAACGCCGACUUCAUUACGCUUGAAAUAGCUUCUCAAGUUGAAGCCAUCUGAGCGGGUGAUUCGGUCCUGUCGAGUUUUGGGAAUGUGACCAACAUGGACGCAGACGCGGAGACGCUUGGUGAGCAGCUGUACAGUCGGAUCUACCCCGCGUACAAAGAGGAGGCCGGGAAACUCACAGGGAUGUUGCUGGAGCUGCCGGGUCCAACUCUGCAUCAGAUGCUGCGGGAUGAGCACAUGCUGACGUCAGCCGUGGAGAAGGCUGUCAGGGCCCUUCAAGAGCCCAGUAAAUUGAGCGAUAAGGAUGAAGAUGAUGCUUCUGCCUCAUCUGACUCCAUAGGGGAGCAGCUUUUUGAGCUGGUGAAUGUUUACAACACUGGCCACUCCCAAAAAAUCACCGGGAUGCUGCUGGAGCAGGAGAAAGACGUAGUUCUGAAACUUCUGUCCAAUCCCAAACUGCUGCAGGAGCAGGUGACCUUUGCCCUGUUGACACUAAAAGAGCAGAAUGUGGAGGAGACCGACGUCAGCGACUCUUCUGACGUCGACGACAGAGAGACGCUGGGAGAGAAACUCUUCUCACUGGUGGAGAAGCUGGAUCCACUCCGUGCCAACGAUUUAACAGGCAUGUUGCUGGAGAUGGACUCGGCUGCCCUGCUUCAGCUGCUCACCGACCGCUCAAUGCUGCAGGAAGCUGUUGAGAAAGCACAAACUGUUCUGGACUCGCAGGCUUGACCGCUCACCACAGAGGCAGAGACUCAGUGAUCUUCAUGACACAUAAGCCUGCGCUCUCCUCAGACGGAGGUCGGCGAUGGAAACCAAGUGACAUUGCUUGAAAAGGGAAACGCAUUGCAGUUAGUAGCCUGGCACCACGACAGUCAAGGAGGCUUCAGAACUGGGCCGUAAUCUGGAUCAGGUUUCUUUCACAGGGAGUUGCUCUUGAUCGUUUCCUGGGCCUCUAGAGAACUGACAGUAUUUUCAUAUUAAAAGUGUCAUGAAGUGUAUUUUUGAUUUCUGUGACAGAAUGUGUCAUUUGUGUGAGCUGCAAAAUACAAAUGUGACUCUUUAUGAAGCUGCGUAAUUAAAGAAAUAAAGCUGUAAAGUAUCUCAUGACACAAAAUAAUU